ACCAUCCUUCAUCACCCUCCACACAAACAUAAACAUCGAAGCAAGCUUGUAGCCAACCACCAUGAAGACCAUGUUGAUCCUCGCUCUCAUUGCCCUCGCGGCGACUAGCGUCGUUGCGCAGCUGGACACUACAUGCAGCCAGGGCUAUGGGCAAUGCCAACAGCAGCCACAACAACAGGUGAACACAUGCGCUGCUCUCCUGCAGCAGUGUAGCCCGACACCAUAUGUCCAGUCACAAAUGUGGCAGGCAAGCGGUUGCCAGUUGAUGCGGCAACAGUGCUGCCAACCGCUGGCCCAGAUCUCGGAGCAGGCUCGGUGCCAUGCCGUCUGCGGUGUGGCCCAGGUCAUCAUGCGGCAGCAGCAAGGGCAAAGUUUCGGUCAGCCUCAGCAGCAGCAAGGGCAAAGUUUUGGCCAGCCUCAACAGCAGGUUCCCAUUGAGAUAAGAAGGAUGGUGCUUCAGACCCUUCCAUCGAUGUGCAACGUGAACAUCCCGCAAUAUUGCACCACCACCCCAUGCAGCACCAUCACUCAGACCCCCUACAACGUCCCUAUGGCCACUACCUGUGUUGGUGGUACCUGCUAAGAUCUGUGAUGCGCUAACUAGACCGAUCACCAUUUAGUUUAGAUGAUGGAUGAAGGGUGAAAAAUAAAAUAAAAGUGCCAUACAUCAUCAUGUGUGGCCAGUACCGUUGCAACAUAGAAAUAAGAAACCUUUGUUUCUCAAUAAAGCUUUUGUCUGAAUAAAAGUGCAUGUUUGCAUGAUAAA